AUGGAAGCGAUACUUGAGAAAGUUAAUAAUCUUACUCAACAACAAGAUGUGACGGGCCAGGAGAUUCAGCGUCUUUUGAGUAACUACCGGAAAGAUUCGGUAGCUCGUAAGACAAGGGAAUAUCUCACGACGAGAUUGGAACAAUUGGAAAAUCUCUGGACAGCCUUUUCGGAGAGAAAUGAAGAGCUUGAAGAGUUAGCGCAUUAUCUUCCAGCUCAUCCAUAUUUCGAGAAACAAUAUUUCUCUUCAAUGCAGCGCGAGUACACCAAGUACAAGGAUGAUAUUGCGGAACGCCUUCAGGGUUUGGAAGGCGCGUCCAAGUUGAAUAUCGAUUUGGGUAAAUCAGCCACGGGUGCUUUAGAUACAAAGGCCGCCAGGGCAGUAAACAAUGCUCAGAACGAGCUUCCCAGCGAUGUCGUGACAGCUACUUUAUCAAAGUACUGGGAAGAGUUGCGUCAAGGCCAUCAGAAUAUAUGGCAAUAUUCCAGCGAUCCAAAUGAGUUAGGGUACAACGAGGAGAAUUUCCUCAACCUCGAAGAGCGAAUUCAAGACACUUUAAUAUUUCUCGCUGAAUGCCGUUCAAGGCUAGAACCUAGCAUAGCUACCGCUACAAGGGCCUUUCCAAGCAUCAACUUACCACACGUGACAAUUCCUACCUUUGACGGCGAUUAUGCACAAUGGCAAUCCUUUCACGACCUAUUCCGCCAGAUGAUUCACGAGCAGCAAUUGGGAAAUGCUCAGAAAAUGUGGUAUUUGAAGAGCAAUCUAAAGGGUGAAGCAGAGCGACUUAUACGUCAUCUGCCCAUCACUGACGAAAAUUAUGACAUUGCAUGGACAACGCUAACAAACCGCUACAGCAAUCAACGAUUGAUGGUAGCCACGCUAUUAGAUAGGCUCACACAGCAACCGAUGAUUACUUCGGACUCCCCCAGUGCUUUGAAAAAACUUCAUGACAUUACGAAAGAAUGUCUAGCAGGACUCAAGAACUUUAAUAUCAAUAUAGCUAGUUGGGAUCCCAUUUUAUUACAUAUUUUACUGAAGAAGUUAGACAAGGUUACGCACGCCUUAUACGAACAAACUUUGACUUCACCACGAGAACUGCAGCCGGUUGAUGCAUUUCUCGCGUUUUUGGAAAGACGCUUUCAGUCUUUAGAGGCCUUGUGUAGCGACAAGAGGAGUACGACUCAAAACAAACCUACAAACCGAACCUCGGCUUUAAUAUCCACCAAGGACAGUCAAUCUUUACAGUGCAAAAACUGCAAGGGAAGCCAUCGAAUCUACACAUGUGAAGCUUUUAAACAAUUGUCCAUCUGGGAUCGAGUAGCCAAAAUCAAGCAGCUGAGGCUAUGUUUGAACUGCCUACGGGAAGGACAUCGAAGUGCACAGUGCAGCGCAGGAAGUUGUCUUAAAUGUGGAAAGAAGCACAACACUCUACUACAUAUGGACGCCAACAAUCAAGACAAAACAACGCCCUCUAUCACCGCAAUUCAAACAACAGCCAACGCCACCAAGCAAGGUCAAGUAUCAAGUAUUGUAAAGGACAAGGGUUCUACAAAUGUCAACCAUUCUAUUGCAUUAUCAACGGAAAUAUCAGCAUCAGAGGGACCUUUUGUUCUAUUAGCUACUGCACUCAUCAAGGUGACAAACCAAAAGGAAACGGCUGUGAGAAAGCUGGGACUACAACCAACUAAUUACCAUAUACACAUUCGUGGUCUGGGCGGAGCGUCGCAACAAUCGCAACAGAAGGUAACGUUGUCAUUGCAAUCAAGAAUCACUACGUUUGCACGGAAGAUAGACGCUAUAGUUUUACCACAUAUAACAUCCUCUCAACCAUCGCAAGGUCUGAAUUCAAGGAAUUGGGCCAUACCCGGCAAUAUUCAGCUUGCCGAUCCUCAUUUUGACUGGGAAGGGCGUAUUGAUCUACUUCUCGGAGCUGACAUCUACUACGAACUAUUAGCUACAGGGCAAAUGCGGCUAUCAAGGAACCUGCCACUACUGCAAAACACGGUCUUUGGUUGGAUAAUUGCUGGAAGGGUUGCAACAUCCUAUCAGAAAGAGGUUACAUGCGGCAUCCUCAAUACCGAUGAUUCCAAGCUCAGCGAGCAGAUAGAGCGUUUUUGGAAGUUGGAGGAACCAGAAUCUACAGAGAACCUUGCGAUGACAACACAAGAAAUAAAGUGUGAAAAUCAUUUUGCUCAAACCAUGAAACGAACGAACAAUGGACGUUUCAUUGUGAAACUGCCUUUCAAGGUGGAUCCAGCAAAACUCGGCAAAUCUAGGGGCAAUGCGGAGAGGCGACUUUUCAAAUUAGAAUGGAGAUUAGCACGAAACCCAGAACUACGCAAACAGUACAAUGAAUUUAUGGACGAAUACAAGCAACUGGGGCAUAUGACGGAAAUAGAUGAAGGAAGUAUUCCGAGUCUUCAUUACUUUCUUCCCCAUCAUAGCGUUCUGAAGCCAGAGAGCACCACUACUAAACUUAGAGUAGUUUUUGACGCCUCUUCGGAAACCUCUUCUGGAUACAGUUUGAACGAUGUACUUGCUACAGGCCCUACCAUCCAAUCCGAAUUAUUUACCAUUCUCGUACGAUUUCGGCUGCCUUGCUUUGUUUUUACUGCUGACAUCGAAAAGAUGUAUCGGCAAAUCCAGGUGUCGGAGGAAGACAAGAGAUUUCAACUAAUUCUAUGGCGAAAUGAGCCUAAUGAACCUAUAAGAUGUUAUCAGCUGAACACGGUCACAUAUGGUACUUCCUCUGCACCAUAUCUAGCCACCAAAUGCCUACAAGAAUUGUCAUCACAGACAACGCACAAAUACCCAUCCGGUUCGACUGCAUUAAGACGGGAUUUUUAUAUGGACGAUGUGAUGUCAGGUGCAAACACCUUGACGGAAGCUAUUGAGACGCAACAUCAACUUCGCACAAACUUGCAAUCGGCCGGCUUUAAGCUUCGAAAGUGGUGUGCAAACAACAAGAAUCUUUUUAAACAACAUUCCUGUUGA